UGGUUUGAUGGUUAAAACUAAAAGUGAAAAAAUUCAUGUUUAUCAUAUCUCCCUUAAAACUGUCUGCCAUCAUCCUCGGAUCUUUAACUCAAUGUAUUUAUGAUUAUAUUGUUAUUAUCCGCAAAUAUGAUUUCAUACUAAAUUUAAACCCAUCCCUUCUCUCUCUCACACUUAAAAAAGGGCAAAAGCCUUCUCGUAUUAAGUGGUUGUUGGAAGCCUCUCCUUUUUUUUCUUGGUUUUUUCUUUCGUUGUAAAACAGGAAAGAAUAAAGAGUCAAAAGGGAGCAGAAAAAGUGAAGAAUACGAGAAAAAUAGUUUCCAAAGCUUUGGCUUUUUAAUCUUUCAGAAUAGAAAGUCAAUACAAUCGAUCAUGAAUGGAUACUCCAGCAAAAGAGGUGUUGCUACGAGUAGGGCACCUAGAAAAGGUGUUGGUUCAAGAGAAGCUAACUCGGCCCAGGAUCAUAAUGUUCAAUUCUGUAACCGAAUAGGAUGCAGUGGAAGAAUUAAGUACGGAAGUCAAAAUACGAAAACUGGAAGCUCCGAGAAAGCCAAAUGCUCUAAGUCCUCUUUUUGUUCUUCAAACGGGAAUGGAGUGGUUGAAGCUUCGUCUACGAGUGGUUCUGUGGUGACCAGGGAAAAGACUUCAUAUCUUGAUUCAAAGAGAAAGUUGUCAUCCCAAUUGGCAUUUGAUCAAUCCGAAAGUAGUCAAUCAGGUGAUUCAGAAGCCGCACAAUCGACGUCCUCACCAGGUAGGAGUUCGACACCUCAUCGUUCUGGAUCAACGAACAAGUCUGGAAAAAAUCCCGUGGCGAAAACUGGAAGUGUCCCAUCAAGUGUUAGAUCGCGCAGAAAGAUUCAGCAUACUUCAGGGAUCGAACAAGCAAUAUACUCAGACAGCUUCUGCUGUUUCUUCCACUACUAGAAGUUCUGGCGCCGGAAUAUUUAAUAGUAGUACUAGUAGUAGUAACAGAAAUAGGUGUCUGAAAAACCUCAAAUACAAUUCGGUGUCAGAGGCAGUACCACCUAAUUGUUCAUCGUCGGGGACGAAAUCUCCCUGCAAAAAUGUGAUGAAGAAGAGAAGCCUAGAAGGGGAUAGCAGCGAGUCCAGUAGAGGGAGACAAACAAGUGCAGCCGCACAUGUCUCGUCUUCAAGUAGCAGCACCUCCGUCUCUGACUCUAGACACAGCAGUUGCCCCUCUGGUUCGGAUAGCAGCACGUCUGCUUCUGUCAGGACAGGCGGGUCAGCUAAUGUUAACAAGAGUAGGACGAGGCUUUCUUACCGACAAAACGGAAGAAAUACUUCAAGCUUUAGAGAAUCCUCGAUCCGCGUCUCCCGGUUUCCUGAUUCUGAACCACCUAGAAACGUUGGCAGACCGAGAUUAUCACAGCAAUACUCUCCCAAUGCCUCUUCGAGUGGGUUGAGUUCGUAUAGUCUCUCUCAUUCUAGUAGUAAUGAUGACAGUCGAUCCACUUUGAUGCCUUAUACUUCAGCUGAACCUGGCUACAGCCACUUUGUAAACCGUGACAUGUUACAACGAUACAAUAUGGAUGGUAUCGCUGAGGUAUUACUAGCACUCGAGAGGAUCGGGCAGGAUGAAGAAAUGACACAUGAGCAAAUACUCGCCUUGGAGACCAGUUUAUUUCUCAACGGCCUCAACCUAUAUGACCAACACCGAGACAUGAGACUGGAUAUUGAUGACAUGUCGUAUGAGGAAUUGUUGGCUCUAGGGGAUAGGAUGGGUACAGUUAGCACGGCUCUUUCAGAAAAGGAACUGUCAAAGUGUAUCAAGAGAAGCAUAUAUCAGUUUACCCCAACAGAAGCAGGAUUCACAGAAUCGGGCGAAGAUGGAGAUGAUGUCAAAUGCAGCAUUUGCCAGGAGGAAGUACUUGAAGGGAGAUGCUAUCGGGGAGUUAGUCGAGUGUGAGCAUGCGUAUCAUGUGGCGUGCAUAAAUCAGUGGCUGCGGCUGAAGAACUGGUGCCCUAUCUGCAAGAGUGCUGCAGCUCCAUCACAACCAUCUUCUCCUUCUCUCUCUUAGUGCAAACUUGUCUCUCUCAGUGUACAGUAAUGGAUUUCUUGAAUUGUUCUGGUCUUUGAAUUUCUUAUUUUUGUAAAUAUCAUAUUCAAGCUCCUAGGCAUUCUGGUGAAAACUGUAUGAUGAUAAACACUCACUGUCUGCCUCAGUGAACCAAGUUCUCCAAUAAUAUAUUUUUUUUCUUGCUUGAAA